AUGACCACACCCUUCGGAGCCCCCAUGAGAGAGCACUUCCUCUUCGACACCAAGUUCAAAAACCUCAACCAUGGCUCCUUCGGCACAUACCCCCGCGCCGUCCAAACAGCCCUCCGCCAACACCAACACUCGGCGGAGGCCCGUCCAGACCUCUUCUACCGCAUCACCCGCGGCCAAGGCAUCGACGAAUCGCGCCGCAUCGUAGCCAACCUGCUCAACAUCCCCGUCAACGAAUGCGUCUUUGUCAAGAACGCAACCACGGGUGUCGCCACCGUGCUCCGUAAUCUAGUCUUCCAGAAGGGAGACACAGUCGUCUACUUCGACACGAUCUAUGGCGCCGUGGAGAAGAAUGUACACUCUAUUAUGGAGUCCAGCCCCGUGACUACCCGGAAGGUUGAGUAUGCGUUGCCUGUUAGCCAUGAGGACCUGGUGAAACGGUUCCAGGAUGUCGUGAGUCGUGCAAGGGGUGAGGGGCUGAAUGUGAAGGUCGCGGUGUUCGACACCAUCGUCAGUAUGCCUGGUGUACGGUUCCCGUUUGAGGCCUUGGUAGAGGUCUGUCGGGAGGAGGGCAUACUCAGUCUUGUUGAUGGGGCACAUGGUAUUGGCCACAUACCGUUGGAUUUGGGGGCUUUGAGACCGGAUUUCUUUACUAGUAAUCUGCAUAAAUGGCUAUUCGUCCCCCGCGGCUGCGCAGUCCUCCACGUCCCACUCCGCAACCAACAUCUCAUCCGCACCACAUUCCCAACCUCAUGGGGAUACAUCCCCCCUCCCUCAUCCGGGGAGAUAACCCCCACCACCACGCAGGGUAAAUCCGCCUUCGAAUACCUCUUCGAAUACAUCUCCACAACCGACGACACGCCCUGGCUCUGCGUCCCCGCGGCCAUGAAAUUCCGAACGGAAGUCUGCGGCGGCGAAGACCGCAUCUACGCUUACCUGGAGACCCUAGCCCGCGAGGCCGGGGAUAUCGUUGCCCGCGCCCUCGGGACGGAAGUCAUGCAGGAGGCUGGGCUGAAGGAGGGAGAGGCCAGUCAGCUUAGGAGGUGUGGGAUGGCUACUGUGCGGUUGCCGAUUGCUGUGUCUUCUUCUUCUGAUGCUGGGUCUGGUCGUGGAGGGGAUGCUGUUAUGAGGGUGCAGGGUGAGGAUGGGACUUCGUAUCUGCGGAUUCAGGCGUCUUUGGUGGCGACGGUCAGUAAUUGGUUUCGGGAUACGUUGUUUGAGAAGUAUGAGACGUUUGUGCCGGUGUUUCAGCAUGGGGGGUGGUUGUGGACCAGACUCUGUGCGCAGGUUUAUUUGGAGAAAGGGGAUUUUGAGUGGUUGGGGGGUGUUUUGAGGGAGUGUUGUGAGAGGGUUGAGGGGGAGGUUGGGGUUUCUUCUGCGAAGAUUUGA